UAUUCUAUUCUAUUCUGCCCUCCCUUCCAUCUCUUCUUAAUUCCGCUUCCUAGUUGCUUCUCCAAAUUCCUCCUCCGAUUCCUCAUUUUGUGUCAGCACUUCAUUUACGAAUCUGCUGCGAAAUUGCAGUUCAUCCCGGUGCGGUAUCACUGGAAUGUUGGUGGCGAUGACCUUUUUGGUCUGCUGAGGUUGGAAUUCGGGGUAACGGAGUGUGAGCUGGAGGAGAUCAUGUCUCGGCGGUUGGUAGUAGACGGUGGUGGUGUUGUUGUUGACGUCCGAUGUGAUUAGGUUUUGGUGAUUUUUGAUGGUCUGCGUGGAGUUGGAUGGCAUGGAUGUUGGAGGUUGUGGGAAAGGCCGAGAGUGAUUUCGAGAGAGCCGAUUGGAUGGGACACAGAAGCAGUGCUGGAAUGCGAGGAAGAAUUUACGUGGUGAGCGUUUGGCGGGGCACUUAGGCUCGGGCUGGUAGGGAAGAAGUGAAUAAUUCGACGUUGUAGCGACGUUGGUAAGCAGCAGCAGCAGCAGCAAAGGAGGAGGCGGCCGUAUCUCGAUGAAUAUUAUAUCAGCUACCAAGAAACCUACGAACCAGGAGCAGACAUCGAUCUUUGAUUUUGAGAAAAAUGGGAAGGUAGGCAUGGCUGUGGAGGAUAGCAGUGCUGACAUGAUGUUCAUGGAUGGCGUGGAAGAUCAUCCGUCAACUGGCUCGCGUCCGGUGUCGGGCAUGAGUUUGAGUAGCAGCCCCGGCGUAGGGACCACGGCAAAUUUGUCACGGAAGAAAGCCACUCCACCACAGCCCGCGAAGAAGUUAGUCAUCAAGCCCUUCAAAGAUAAACCAAAGCUGCCAAAAGAUUUUGAAGAGGUGACAUGGGUCAAGAUCAAGGAAGCUGUUACCGCAAUUCACUUAAAGCAACCAGUUAAUUGCAGUUUGGAGGAACUAUAUCGGGCUGUUGAGGAUCUCUGCCUUCACAAGAUGGCAGGAAAUUUGUACAGGAGAUUGCAGCAAGAAUGUGAAAGUCACAUUUCAGUGAAGCUCCGAGAUCUUGUAGGGCGCAGUCCUGACGCUGUAGUCUUCCUGUCUCAUGUUGAAAGUUGCUGGCAAGACCAUUGCAACCAAAUGCUUGUUAUCCGAAGCAUUGCGCUCUAUUUGGAUCGUACAUAUGUUAUCCAGAAUUCUGGUGUUCGUUCCUUAUGGGAUAUGGGUUUGCAACUUUUCCGCCGCCACCUUUCAGCCUGCCCAGAAGUCGAGUCUAAGACUGUCUCUGGUCUUCUCAAGCUUAUCGAGAAGGAGAGGAUGGGAGAGAAUGUGGAUUGGAGUUUACUAAAACACUUGCUGCGCAUGUUCAAUGCUCUUGGUAUAUACUCGGAGACAUUUGAGAGGCCGUUCCUAGAAUGUACUGCUGAUUUUUAUGCAGCGGAGGGGACACGCUUUAUGCAGCAAACAGAUGUCCCCGAUUAUCUUAAACACGUCGAGACUCGAAUUCAUGAGGAGUACGAGCGAUGCUUGCUCUAUCUGGAUGGAAGUACUCGGAAAUCUCUGGUGGCUACUGCCGAGAAACAACUUCUCAGCCGCCAUACGACUGCGAUUCUGGAGAAGGGAUUCAGUAUGCUUAUGGAUGCAAAUCGUGUGGUUGAUCUUCAAAGGAUGUACGUGCUUUUUGCACGAGUAAAUGCUUUAGAGUCCCUCAAGAUGACCUUAAGCACUUACAUCAAAGCAACAGGCAAUAGCACUGUGAUGGAUGAAGAAAAGGAUAAGGACAUGGUGUCUUGGCUUUUAGAUCUUAAGGCCCGACUUGAUGCUAUAUGGGAUGAGAGCUUUUCUAGAAAUGAAACUUUUGCUAAUACCUUGAAGGAUGCAUUCGAGCAUCUGAUCAAUUUGCGUCAGAACCGGCCUGCUGAGCUUAUCGCCAAGUUUAUUGAUGGAAAGCUGCGAGCUGGCAAUAAGGGAAUUUCAGAAGAGGAGUUGGAAGGCAUCCUUGACAAAGUGCUAGUGCUUUUCAGAUUCAUUCAGGGAAAAGAUGUAUUUGAAGCUUUCUACAAGAAGGAUCUAGCCAAGCGCCUGCUUCUAGGAAAGAGCGCCUCCAUUGAUGCAGAGAAGUCCAUGAUAUCAAAGCUCAAGACAGAAUGUGGAAGUCAAUUCACAAAUAAGCUGGAAGGGAUGUUCAAGGAUAUUGAGUUAUCACGAGAAAUCAACGAAUCCUUCAGACAAUCUGCUCAGGCACGGCUGAAGCUUCCAUCAGGAAUUGAGAUGAACGUUCACGUUCUCACUACUGGGUAUUGGCCUACAUAUCCACCUAUGGAAGUUAGGCUUCCGCACGAGCUCAAUGUGUACCAGGAAAUAUUCAAGGAGUUUUACUUGAGUAAGCACAGUGGGCGACGUCUGAUGUGGCAAAACUCCUUGGGUCAUUGUGUGCUGAAGUCUGACUUCCCCAAAGGAAAGAAGGAGCUCUCUGUUUCUCUUUUCCAGACUGUUGUUCUGAUGCUCUUCAACGAUGCCCAGUCUUUAACCUUCCAAGAAAUCAAGGAAACUACUGCUAUUGAGGACAAAGAACUCCGCAGAACUCUGCAGUCAUUGGCCUGUGGUAAAGUUCGUGUUUUGAACAAGAUACCAAAGGGCAGAGAAGUGGAAAAUGAAGACACAUUUGUUUUCAAUGAGGACUUUGUUGCUUCCCUUUUCCGAAUCAAGGUUAAUGCAAUACAAUUGAAGGAAACUGUUGAAGAGAACACCACAACAACAGAGCGAGUCUUUCAGGAUCGCCAAUACCAAAUUGAUGCUGCUAUUGUGCGAAUCAUGAAAACGCGCAAGGUGUUGAGUCAUACAUUGUUAAUAACUGAACUAUUCCAGCAGCUCAAAUUUCCAAUCAAACCAGUUGAUUUGAAGAAGAGAAUCGAGAGUCUGAUUGACCGGGAGUAUCUUGAAAGGGACAAAGCCAAUCCUCAGAUUUACAACUAUCUCGCUUAGAUAAUUUUAGAACUGGUAACGUAAUCUUGUGGACUUUGUUGGUCAUUCUGGGGGGCAGAGUUUGCUAUGUAGAAAUCCCCCCUCCAGUUUCUGUAGAGAACUUUUCUUGCACACACUAUCAUGUCUUGUUUAGAAGUGAACACUUUCAACAUGCAUAUGUUGAUGGGUUAACGAAGACCGGGAUUGUUUACAUACACCAGGGAUACCAGUUUGUGGUUACUUGGUCCGUAGGGGUUUGUGGUGGAAUCUAAUGCUUCUGCCUGGCACGUAGGAGUUGCUGUUCCCGGAAGAGCAGGAAAUUCUUGUUAGAUCAAGAAGCAGCUUAAUCGUUCCUUCGCUGGUUGAUGCUGAUCCUCAGAGAGUUUUGACCCUUCGUGAUUCAGUUUCUUAGCAUUUGUAGAGCUUAUUUUCAGCUCCUAUCCAGCUUGCGGAAGCAUCCCCUUUUUUUCAGUCGUUUCUGGGAGAUCGUUGUAGAACUGCGUCCUCAUUACUCAUGUAUAUUAUCACGCUCUUUCAAUCAUUUGGGUGUUUUCUUUUUCUUGUAUCA